CUCCAUCUUUCUCUACCGAAACCCAUAUACCACGCGAGGAGGAAAGUGAAUUCUUUCUUCGCAGGCAGCAUUUAUUACGUGUUUUAUUAAAAAAUGGCACAGCUUUUGAAUCGACUCGGGCACGUUGGCUUAGGUUUGGCCAUCACUGGAACUGUUAUCAAUACUGCAUUAUACAACGUUGACGGAGGUCACAGGGCUGUAAUCUUUGAUAGAUUUACCGGAAUAAAGAAUCAGGUUGUAGGAGAGGGAACACAUUUCUUUGUUCCCUGGGUACAGAAGCCGAUCCUAUUUGAUAUUCGAUCUAGGCCAAGAAAUGUUCCUGUAGUCACAGGAAGUAAAGAUCUCCAGAAUGUAAACAUCACGCUUCGUAUUCUCUUUAGACCUAUACCAGACUCUUUGCCAAAGAUCUAUAACGUUCUUGGUAUAGAUUACGACGAAAGAGUACUACCAUCUAUUACCAACGAAGUUUUAAAAGCUGUAGUUGCUCAAUUUGAUGCAGGUGAAUUGAUUACACAGAGAGAAAUUGUGUCUGAGAAAGUUAGGGAAGAUCUGACAGAUAGAGCUCAACAGUUUGGAUUAAUUUUAGACGACAUUUCAAUUACGCAUUUAACCUUUGGAAAAGAGUUCACACAAGCUGUAGAAAUGAAGCAAGUAGCACAACAAGAAGCAGAGAAGGCGCGUUUCUUGGUAGAAAAAGCGGAACAGCACAAAAAAGCAGCUAUCAUUAGUGCAGAGGGUGAUGCACAGGCUGCUAGCCUGAUUGCAAAGUCCCUCGGUGAAGCAGGAGAUGGUUUAGUUGAACUUAGAAGAAUUGAAGCAGCAGAAGACAUAGCCCAUAAUCUGUCUAGAUCUCGUCAAGUAGCCUAUUUACCGCCAGGUCAAAAUGUUUUAUUGAACUUACCGCAGUAAACACUUAACCCCGAAUAAAUAUUGUAUACAUAAGUUUGUGCAUUUAUAUUGUAAUGUAUGAUUUUUUUUUAUGCCACGAUAGUGUACUGGAAAUAGUUGCUCUAGGGAGAUAUUUGAAAAUGUUGCAC